UUCAAGGGCUCGUGUUCUCAGACUCCCUGGAAUCCCGGAGCUGGGGCUUUUGGGAAAACACAGAAGAGCAGGAGACUCAGUAAAAUGGGUCACGCUCGGCUGAAGAGAAAACGAAAUGGCACUUUCACAGGGUCCCCUUCCUUUCCCUGCACCUCCCACUGUUGACUUUAACUAGUGGGAAGUGUGCACCUCUCGUGCAUGAACUGAAUGGGAUGAAGGCCCACUUAGGUCAUAAUGUUUUAACUCGGAUGCCUAAACCCCUGUGGCCUGGUCUUGGGGGGGGGGGUUUCCUGAGAGCAGCUGUUCUUACUUAUGAAAAAUCAGACCUCUUCUUAUGGUGCCUAACUCCAGGCACCUGAGUUCAAGCACUCUGGCUGUAUGCCAUGUGUGUUUCCUGCCCGGGGAGAUCCUGUUCCCAGGUUGGGAUGCAUAUCCAAACAACUUGGCAGCCCAGAUGUUACUCAGUCCUUUGCCCAACUUUUUAAUAUCUGCUUGUUCUCCCCCUCAUCCAAGCUGCAGGGCUCACGUAUUCUUGCCCUCCCCUGACCUCCAAAUGACUUGCUAAAUUAAUGCUGUCCCUUGUGCUUAGCUGCAUCUGCACUGAUCCAUGGCACCUGUCUGCAGCUGAUGUUGGAGACUGAGACUUGGGGGGGGUUCUACUCCACUUCCUUGUGUCUGAUCUGCUAGUUUGUACUGGGCAAUGUGUGUUUGUGUAGUUGCUAGCUUGGGCAGGGCACGUGCAGCUUGCAAAGGUCAGUUCGUCUGACCCGCCUAUACGUGCAGGUAAUGUGAUGGUUCUGGUCCACUUCCUCGUAUGUGCCCUGUCAGCUUAGGCAAAGGUUCCCCCUUUUACCAUGGAAAUCUGCUUGCAUUUCAGUUUCCAGCCAGGUCUCCAUGUUGCUAUAUUUGGAUCUAUUCCUGAGUUAGGGGGUGGACUUGCGGAAGAGGUGGAUGAGAGAGUUCUUCAUGCUGCCUUUAUUCCCUUUGGAGAUAUCACUGAUAUUCAGAUACCUCUGGACUAUGAAACUGAAAAGCACCGGGGAUUUGCUUUCAUCGAAUUUGAGUUGGCAGAGGACGCUGCAGCAGCUAUUGACAAUAUGAACGAAUCUGAGCUUUUUGGCAGGACGAUUCGUGUCAACUUGGCCAAACCAAUGCGGAUUAAGGAAGGUUCUUCCCGACCCGUCUGGUCGGAUGAUGACUGGUUGAAGAAGUUUUCGGGGAAGACGCUUGAGGAGAAUGCAGAGGAAGAGGGAGCAGAGCCUUCCAAAUCAGAGACGCAGGAGGGUGAGCCUCCUGCUAAGAAGUCCAGGGCCAAUCCUCAGGUGUACAUGGACAUCAAGAUUGGAAACAAACCUGCUGGCCGAAUCCAGAUUCUCCUGCGCUCGGACAUUGUACCCAUGACAGCGGAAAAUUUCCGCUGCUUAUGCACCCACGAAAAGAGCUUUGGCUUCAAGGGAAGCAGUUUCCACCGCGUCAUCCCCCAGUUCAUGUGUCAGGCUGGAGAUUUCACCAACCACAAUGGCACCGGAGGCAAAUCGAUCUAUGGGAAGAAGUUUGAUGAUGAAAACUUUAUUCUGAAGCACACGGGACCAGGGUUGUUAUCGAUGGCAAACUCUGGCCCAAACACCAAUGGCUCCCAAUUCUUCAUCACUUGUGAUAAAACAGACUGGCUGGAUGGCAAGCAUGUGGUCUUUGGAGAGGUGACGGAAGGGAUGGAGGUGGUGCGGCAGAUCGAGGCUCAAGGCAGCAAAGAUGGGAAACCCAAGGAGAAAGUGAUCAUUUCAGACUGUGGGGAAUAUGUGUGAGCCCCUGUCUGGAUGGGGUGACCAGAUGAGCAGUGAAGGCUGGAAGUUGUUCCGGAUGGGGAAAACAAAACUGGAGACUGCAUAGUUUCUUUAGAAACUAUCAUACAGGCUUGGGCUGAACAGUCUGGUCAUCAGACAGGACUAGGCCCAUCAGCAGGUGCUUUUUCACCCGGCGGGCCACAGGAAGCAUCCUUUAAAAACCUGUGCAAAUAGUUUGUCCAAUCUGGAGUGGAUCCUGUGUCCCUCCUCUGCGAGGCAUUGCCAGUUCUGCCGGUGUCUUCCGUAGAGAAUUUUUACUUGUUUAAAAUAAACCAGAGCUUUUAUAAAAUA